AUGGACUCUAAUCAAUCCCCAACCGCGUCGCGACAGCCCGCAGCAGACUACUGGUCUGGAGCGCUCAAGGCCAGGACGUCUUGGAUACCUGCUCAAACUUCUCGCAUGCGAGAGGCCGCACCGCUGUGCGACAUCUGGGAUGAGGAGAUUGACGCGCUCCAGCACCAGGUUCUCGUGGCGAAGUCGCGGCGCAACGCACUUUCUCCGAUCUGCGCUAUUCUACCAGAGGAGUUACUGGCGCACAUCUUUGAAGAGCUCUCAGGAAUGGAAAAGAUUCGUGCCCUUAAAAGAGAUUGGGGAUGGGCUCGUGUCACCCAAGUUUGCCGCCACUUUCGUUCGGUCGCUUUGGCGCAUUCGUCCCUCUGGGCGACUAUAUCGCCGAACAUGAAUUGCCCGUGGGACAUGCUCUUGCGCCGAGCACGAGACGCUCCCCUGCAUAUCUGCGGAUGGUGGCAGGCUCAUGUCGGAGAUCCAGAGUUCUCUCGUUACAAGAGAGACUUCGUCAAAAAUCGUCACCGCAUACGAACUCUUGACUUGAGUGCGUUUGACAGAACGGCGAUGAAGAAGAUAAUCGCGGUCUUCGACAAAACGGCACCGGAACUCCGCAUCCUACGACUCAGAGGCUCUGCUAUGUACGGGCGCUCAACGACAUUAGUAGACCGACUGCGCGCACUCAUCACGUCCGCGCCGAAUAUUGAAGAGAUCGACCUACGCGGGGUGCCGUAUCCUUGGCCGGCCUUUGCCCAGUCUUUGAGGAUUCUAAAGCUUGGGACCUCAAAUGAACAGAAUGCCAGAGACGUCACCGCGCUCGCGAACAGGACGGCGGCGUGGCCCUUUGUAUCCAGCCUUGACGACAUCUUGGAGGGACUUCGUCGAUUGCCAAUGUUGGAAACGCUAGCGAUGGAACAUAUAGGAUCGGCCUUCUCGGAGGAUACAUCCAUUCAACACGCACGAGUCGUUCUGCCUCGUCUUGAACGCUUAGAGCUCAGACAUCAGGACUCCCGCGGGUUGCGCUUAUGGUCUUUACUCGAUGUCCCUCCCGGUUGCUCUACGGAUAUGAUCUGUACAGAUCUAUCGUGGUCUUCGUCCUUCGAUAUCCUGACGUCCAAUCUCGCUUUCCUGCUAAGCAAGGAGGGAUCACUAGUCUACAACGCUGUGGAUAUGAGCGAUGAGAUUGACGAACAAUUUGAGCAAGAGGAUCUCCUCAAGCUUGGCGUCUACCUCGUUGAUCGGCCCAACGCGUCAGGCGCCCAGCUCAGGCGCUGUCCCGGCAUACGCAUAUCAGCACAAUGGAUCCCGGGAAGUAAUCUUGAAGAGAUAAUCAAGAGCUUCAUGCAGCUUCUUCCCCGGGCGGACGCAAUCUACCAUGUGAAUAUCAUGUCCAGCCGUAACAUCAACCGCGACGUGUUGCAAUCUAUCUUCGAGUACUUCACCUCCACGCAGAGCGUUCACCUAUCAUAUCCUCGCUCCGAUGUUCUGGACGAUGUCCUUCGUUUACUCGCCUGCGGGGCUUCCGACGUACCCGGCAUAUGCCUUCCUGCAACAUCGAAUGAUGUCGUGUCACCGGCACCGUCCUCACAGGCCCCACUCCUCUUGCCGUCAUUGUCGACAUUAUCUAUUGGCGAUACGGAUCUUGGCGAAGAGGCGUACGACGAUUCCUCGCAAUCCGAAGGCAACGGUUCCGAAACCUCGGACUCGUGGUGGGACAGACUCGUCCAAGUGCUUUCUCUACGAGCGCACGCCGGACAUGGUGUUAAGAAGCUCUCGAUACGGCAUUGCGAUCUCCCACGUGAAUGUAUGGACAAGUGGGAAUGCUCGGACGAUUACAAGAGGAGCGGGAUCCGGCUGGACUGGGAUCAUUCUUGCGGCUAUUACGAGCCGAGACCAUCCAUCACGAAGGUGGAAACCGGGACGCAGCUGGAAGAGCGCGAGGAGGCCGAAGAGUUGCCCGACAGCGAAGCUGAGACCAACGACUUGGACGAAGACGCUGACGAAGAUGACGAAGCGAUAGACGAAGCGGAAUUGGCGAUGCUCAUGGACAUGAACGGAUUUCUGGGCUGA